AUGCGCUCCACCACCACCGUCGCAGCCUGCGCCGUCGCCCUCGCCUCCAUGCUCCAAUACUGCCCUGCUCCCCCCCUCGCCGCCAUAAUCGGCGUAACAACCGGCGAACUCCUCACCGCCGGCACAUCACUCGCCGGCACAGCAAUAACGGCCGGCACCCGCGCAGGCACCGGAAAACGCGAGAUCAUUCCCGCUGUCAGUCAAUAUAGUCUGCAGCAAUGUGCGGAUUCUCUUGCUGGUGUGAGGAUUGUUUUUACACCUCGGGGUGAUGGUUUUUUGGUUAGCGGUAUGCCUGCUCCUUGUAUCAAUUUGGCUACUGUUAUUACAAGGGAUUAUAAUGCUGGGAACCCUGUUCCUAUGAGCUCGGAUAGUAUUUUGUUUAGUGGUCUUAAUGACAAGCAGCUUCAGUCGAUUCAGAAUGCUCUUGAUGGGAAAUAG